GCUUCCAUAAAGAAAUCAAAAACCUUUCAAGUAAGUUUCUAAAUUUUUUUUAUCUCAUUUAAUUAAGUAUAUGGUUAUUCUUCUCUAUUUUAGACAAUAAUCUAUGGCAAUUUUGCUUUGUUUGUAACAAUUUCGUUAUGUUUCUUCUAUUUCAUUAUUAGAAUUAGCUUGGAUUACGAUAUCUGAUCUAACUUCUUAAACUUGUAUUUUUACCCACCAUCUAUAGAAUUUGAGUUUACUAUUGAUUAUAACUAUCGACGUCUUUCCGAAAGAUUUAUAAAAUUGUAAGGGUAUUUCUAUCUUAUUAGUGUCGUAUGCACCAUUUAUGUUAUUUUUGUUGUACAUAUCUCUGUUAUUUAGUGUUUUACUUUAUGAAUGUAUUUUUGUUCUUUUACUAUGAUGUGUAAUUUCUUUGAUGUUUCCAUUGAAAUGAUGCGUUUAAGCAUAGUUUGCAACUUCUAUAGUAUUUCUAAUAAAAAUCAUAAACCAAAUGAACUUACAAAAAAAAUAAUUUUAGUUUGUUAUUGAUUGAAACUGCUAAUUUUGAGAUUUUUAUUAAAUUAUGAAAAUAUUUUUGUUUUUUACUGUGGCAUGCAAUUUUUAUGAUAUUUUUGCUAAAUUAUGUUUUAUAUCAUAGUCUGCAACUUCAUGGAAUUUUUUAUGAGAAUCAUAAAUUAAAUGAAGUUACAAAAAAAUUACUAUGUUGUAGCUUAUCAUGGUUUAUAGUUUUUAUAGUAUUUAUGUUGGUAUCUCUAUCUUUUUAGCAUGAUAUACGGUUGCCAUGACGGUUCUGCUUCCUUUGUAGAAGUUUUGUUAUGUUCCUUCUAUUUCAUUACCAUAACUAAUUUGUAUUGUUAGACCUUAAUUUUCAUCCACCAUUUUUGCAACUUGAGUCUCUUGUUGAUUAUAACUGUUGAGAUUUUAUGAUUAGAUUCUCUCUUAGCUAGUCAAAUGGAAUUUUGCUAACUACUAAGACUUUUAUUUCAAUCUACAUUUUACAUUCAUAACAAAAAAUGGUUGACUCUGUUAUUUGUUUCUUACUUUCGGGCUUAGUUGUCUAAUAGUUAAUGUAUAGUCGAGUGUGGUGAAGGUAAAACUAUCCAAAUACUAGUUUACAAUUAAUUAUAUUUUUUAAUUUUUAUUUUGUUUCCACAUUAAUAAUCAUUUACCACUCCAUAUGUAGGUUCAAGUUACCUGAUAAUGCAAAGACUUAUCAAAUUUAAGGUUUUAUGUAAGAUGGAAUGCUUAUUAUCACUAUUAGAAAAGAAGUUUCACAAAAGCCAAAUAUGACUGAUUUUUGAAAUCACUGAGUAAAUUCACUUAUCAUAUAUUUUAUGUGUUCUUAAGCUGUAUACUACAAUCUACAUUUACAACGAUUACCAUUUAAACAAUUAUGUAAUUUUUUAUUUUUUUUGUACACAUUACAGUUGACAAUAAUUAUGCAACUUUUGAUUUUUUCUACACACAUUAUAAUUGAUAAAUAGCUUUAUGAAUGUUUAUGUAAAGUGAGCAUCAUGUAAUUACUAAAAUGUAAAUAUAUUUCAACAAAUAUUGUUUUAUUUAUAUCACAUGAAUGCAUUGUACGGACAUACUCUAAUUAUAAUAAAUAGCCCCAAAUAAUGUACCUCUAAUAAGCUUAAAGCAUUAUCCAUUUCAUUGAGGCAUCAUAUGUAAGGAAAUUUAAUCAAAUUAAAACUAAUUAGUUAGUUCUAACAAACCACACAAUUUUUUAAGAUCUAAGUGGAAAAUAUUUUUUUUUCUUGUAAAUUACUUGCCAAACAUAAUUCCUUUUUUAAUGUAAAAUCAAAUCUUGCCCAUAUAUAUAUAUAAUAUAUAAAGGGCAGCAUAUGGUUAAAAACCCGUCAAAUAUUCGAAAACCUGAACUCUAGACCCUUUUUUUGGCAGUAACUGUAGACUUUGGUUACCAUCUCACAUGCCGUGGAGCGUGAACCGUCAGACAUUGGUAUGGCAACUCCCCAUUCCGUGCAAGAAACACAAUCUUUUUGCCUUUCUCCCAGUAUCUCUCUUCAAUUAUCUGUCAAGAUACCGUCAUCUUCUGAGUCUUCUAAGUUCUACACAGUAACUUCUAAAAAUCAAAUAAAAAAACAUUAACAUCAGGGAAAAGUUCCUUCAUUGGCCUAACAAGCCCCGUUCAUCGUUACCAAAAGCCAAUGAAAAUACAACGUUUUUCAUUAAAUAUAAUACUAGUAAAUGUUUUUCUCUUUUUUUAUUCUUUUAAAUAUUUUUUCUUACUCUCUGUCCUAUCCUAAUCAAUCAAUGCUCUAAAGGGACCAGUGAAAACGCUAGGAAGAGAUAGAGCAUCACCCAGAUCAACCAUAGAAGAAAACAGGAGACCAAAUGCUGUCUCUGAAGAAGAAGAAGAAGAAGAAGCACUAGACACAGAGAGGAUAUUCUUUUUUUGUACAAAGACUGAGGACUGAGGCUGUUCUUAUCUAAGAAAAAAGGAUAGUCUUUUUUUUUUUUUUUACAGAGACUAAGGUCUUCUGGAAGUGGGUAUUGCAGGGUUUUUGAAACUAUGGAAGAAGGAGAUCGGAUUGAAGAGAGUAGCAGUGUGAGACUGACUGGUAGAACUUACAGUGGUGGUGGGAUGGGUGAGUCAAGGUGGGUGGAUGGUAGUGAAGUGGACUCAGAGUCACCUCCUUGGUCAUUGCUUGAUGAAAAUGAGGGCAAAGAAGGGUAUGGAUCAUUGAGGAGGAGACUGGUAAAGAAGCCCAAGAGAGUUGAUUCAUUUGAUGUUGAAGCCAUGGAAAUUGCAGGUGCUUAUGGUCACCACUUUAAGGACCUUUCGACUUGGCGAACUCUUGCAUUGGCAUUUCAAACACUUGGGGUCGUUUAUGGUGACAUGGGAACAAGCCCUUUAUAUGUUUUCAGUGAUGUCUUCAGCAAGGUAAAAAUUGAAUCAGAUGUGGAUAUCUUGGGGGCCUUAUCACUGGUGAUGUACACAAUUGCUCUAGUCCCCUUGGCAAAAUACGUAUUUGUAGUGCUUAAAGCCAAUGAUAAUGGGGAAGGGGGAACAUUUGCACUAUACUCGCUGAUUUGCAGGUAUGCUAAGGUCAACAUGCUGCCAAAUCAUCAGCCAGCUGAUGAACAGAUAUCAAGUUUUAAGCUUAAACUGCCCACUCCAGAGUUAGAAAGGGCUUUAAACAUCAAAGAGACUUUGGAAAGAAGAUCAUCCUUGAAGACCCUCUUGUUGCUGUUGGUUUUGAUGGGAACUUCCAUGGUCAUAGGAGAUGGUAUUCUAACACCAGCAAUAUCAGUUAUGUCUGCUGUAAGUGGUCUUCAGGGUGAAAUAAAAGGAUUUACUACAAUGGUUGUUGUUUCAAUUGUAAUCUUGGUAGCAUUGUUCAGCAUACAGCGGUUUGGUACCAGUAAAGUUAGUGUCAUGUUUGCUCCAGCACUUGCUUUGUGGUUCUUCUCUCUGGGUUCAAUAGGGAUUUACAAUCUAGUGAAGCAUGAUAUUACAGUCAUCAAGGCAUUCAAUCCAGCUUAUAUCUAUUUUUUCUUCAAGAAGAACAGCAGAGAUGCCUGGUCUGCUCUUGGAGGUUGCGUGCUGUGCAUUACAGGAGCUGAAGCAAUGUUUGCGGAUCUAGGGCAUUUCUCCGUACGAGCCAUACAGAUUGCUUUCACCUUUGUAGUGUUUCCCUGCCUUCUCUUGGCAUACAUGGGCCAGGCUGCGUAUCUAAUGAAAUACCCUGAUUCCUCAGGAAGAAUAUUCUAUGAUUCUGUGCCAGAUAGCCUUUUCUGGCCAGUUUUUGUAGUAGCCACCAUUGCUGCCAUGAUUGCCAGCCAAGCAAUGAUAUCUGCUACAUUUUCAUGUGUCAAGCAGUCUAUGGCUCUUGGAUGCUUCCCAAGACUGAAGAUAAUUCACACCUCAAGGAGACUGAUGGGUCAAAUUUACAUCCCUGUGAUCAAUUGGUUUUUAAUGAUCAUGUGUGUAGUUGUUGUUUCCAUCUUUCGCAGCACUACAGAUAUCGCCAAUGCAUAUGGCAUAGCUGAAGUUGGUGUUAUGAUGGUCACAACCACCCUGGUGACACUGGUAAUGCUUCUAAUAUGGCAGACCAAUUUGUUUAUGGCUUUGUGUUUCCCACUUGUAUUUGGAUCAAUAGAGCUUAUCUACUUUUCUGCUGUUCUAUCAAAAGUCUUAGAGGGAGGUUGGCUUCCGCUUGUUUUUGCUACUUUUUUUCUGACCGUGAUGUACAUUUGGAACUAUGGAAGUGUGCUGAAGUACCAGAGUGAGGUCAGGGAGAAAAUAUCCAUGGACUUCAUGCAUGAACUUGGCUCCACACUUGGGACAGUGAGGGUUCCAGGGAUUGGUUUGUUAUACAACGAGCUUGUCCAUGGCAUUCCCUCAAUUUUUGGGCAGUUUCUACUUAGCCUACCUGCUAUUCAUUCUACUAUUGUGUUUGUUUGCAUCAAAUAUGUCCCUGUUCCUGUGGUCCCUCAGGAGGAGAGAUUUCUUUUUCGAAGAGUUUGCCCGAAAGACUAUCAUAUGUUUCGAUGUAUUGCUCGAUAUGGUUACAAAGAUAUCCGAAAGGAGGAUCACCUUGCAUUUGAGCAACUUUUGGUUCAAAGCCUUGAGAAUUUCUUGAGAAAAGAGGCUCAAGAUCUUGCCUUGGAGAGCAGUUUGACUGAGAUGGACAUUGAUAGUGUUUCAGUGAGCUCAAGGGACUAUGGAACCCAGGGUUCUUAUGGUAAUGAGGAGCUUAAAAUCCCAUUGAUGCAUGAUAGAAGAUUGGAAGAAGCAGGAACUUCUACCUCAGAAGAAGCUUCAGCGGCAUUGCCGUCUAGUGUCAUGUCAUCGGAUGAAGACCCAAGUUUGGAAUAUGAGCUUUCAGCUCUGCGAGAAGCUAUAGAUUCAGGAUUUACAUAUUUUCUAGCACAUGGAGAUGUGAGGGCCAAAAAGAACUCCUUUUUCCUUAAGAAACUUGUCAUAAACUACUUCUAUGCAUUCCUAAGGAGAAACUGUCGAGCUGGGGCUGCAAAUAUGAGUGUACCUCACAUGAAUAUCUUGCAAGUAGGCAUGACAUAUAUGGUCUGAUUUGCUUGCCAUAUGAAAAGCCGCCAUUUUAUCGACCUGCCCCCCAUUGCAAGUUCAAAUAUUGUUUAUUUAUCACCUCAAUUAGAGCCAAGAAUGAUAAAUAUUUGUACAUCAGGAUUGGCUGCCAAUGGAAAAUUUAUAUUGAA